AUGCAGCUCGUAUCCCUCUUGGAACUCGCAUGUCCCUUCAACCAUCGCGCCCGACUCGUACUCGAAGUUGCCCCUCUCCGGAUCUUCGGCGUUUGCUACGGAGCCACAGGAGUUGCCGCUACAGACUUCGAUGGGUUCCUCAGUGCCACUGCCACUGGCGACUGCGGAUCAACCCCAGUCUGGUAUACGGUCUCAGUAUAA